AUGGCGAGGGGCGCGGGUACAGGGGCGGGGGAACUGGACGGGCUGCGAGCGCGGGGCGGGGGGGAGGCGGAGGCACGAACGAGAGGGGAUGCGCAGCAAGGGUGCACGGAGGGGAGGGAGAGGAGCGAAGCGGGCAGGGGCGAGGGGAUGGUGGCGCAAGGCCUGGGAGCCGGUGCAUGCGAGGCUGAGGCGAGCGCGCGCGGAGGCCGCGGGCAGCUAGAUCGGGGGGCAGCAGCGGGGCGGCCAGGGGAGGAAGCGAGAGGCCAAGGGCAGGGGCACGGGCAGGGGCAGGGGCAGGGGCACGGCGACGGGCAAGGGCAGGGGCAGGGGCGGCGGGUGAUUGUGAUAUCGGGCCCCACGGCGGUGGGCAAGUCGCGGCUGGCGCUGGCGGUGGCGGCGGCGGUGCGGGGGGGCGAGGUGGUGAGCGCGGACUCGGUGCAGGUGUACCGCGGACUGGACGUGGGGUCCGCCAAGGCCUCCCCUGAUGAGCAGCGCCGCGUGCCGCACCACCUGCUGGACAUCCGCGAGCCCUGGCAAGAGUUUACGGCUGCUGACUUUUACGAGGAGGCGCAUGCUGCCAUAGAAGGUGUGGUGCAGCGGGGGGGAGUGCCGGUGGUGGUGGGUGGGACGGGGCUGUACCUCGCAUGGCUGCUGCACGGCCGCCCUGCCACGCCCCCCUCCUGCCCCUCCCUGGAACGAGCUGUGGCCCGCGAGAUCGAGGCCGCUGUGAUGCAGGCGAGGAGAGCGAGGAGAGGGGAGGGGGCGGGGGGGGAUGAGAGGGGGGAUGAGAGGGGGGAUGAGAGGGGGGAUGAGAGGGGGGAUGAGAGGGGGGAUGAGAGGAGCGUAGCGGCGGUUGGUGGGGCGGAAGAGGCAGUAUGUGGGGGUGAGGGGGAUGCAGCAGAGGGAAGGGCGUCUGCUGCUGCUGAUGCGGUGAGGGGCGGCUUGGAGAAAGCGUUGAGUGCUGAUGGGAGGAGCGAGGAGGUGAACGAUGGUGCGGGUGUGGGUGUGGGGGGAGGUGGCAUGGCUGUGGGGGGGAUGGAGGAGGAGAUGGUGGGCCAGGGCGAAGCAGGGAGAGGGAGAGAGGCGAGGGAGCGGGGGUGGGCGAGCAGGCAGACGUGUGUGAGGUAUGCGGAGGAGGGCGACUGGGAGGCUGCUCUGGCUGCUCUUGCUGCUGCGGGCGACCCAAUCACAGCAGGCCAGCUGGCGCGGAAUGACUGGUACCGGCUGACCAGGGCGUUUGAGAUUCUCAGGGCCACGGGGCGGCCUCGGUCAGAAAUCACCGUGCCUUCCCACGAGGCUAAACACUCCUCCCCGCCUGCUGCUGCCGCUGCUGCUACUGCUGCGGAUUCGUCACCGCCACCGUUCGCCUUCCACUGUUUCUUUCUGGUCGCCCCUCGCCUGCCGCUGUACCGCCGAAUAGAUCGACGCUGCGAAGAGAUGGUGCAAGGCGGGCUGUUGGAGGAGAGUCUGGCGCUGCUGCGGGCGGGGCUGCACCCCGACUCCUCGUCGCCCACACGCGCCAUCGGGUACCGCCAGGCCAUGGCCUUCCUGCUGCACUGCCAGCGCCUCAUGGGGCAAGCGAGGACCAGUGAGGGGCGAGGACUGCAAGAGCAGCAGGUGGAAGAGCAGCGGGUGGAAGAGCAGCGGGUGGAAGAGCAGCGGGUGGAAGAGCAGCAGCGGGCACUGCAGUCGGCAUUGCAGGCGGCGCUGGUGGCGUUCAUCUUGGAGUUCCAGCAGGCGUCGCGGCGCUACGCCAAGCGCCAGAUCACAUGGUUCCGCUCCCAGCCGCUCUUCCAAUGGCUGCCCGCCCACACGCCCCUGGACGAGCUCGUGGGGAUGGUGCUGCGGGACUUUGAUGGGUCGGCAGGUGCGGAGGGGCAGGCAGGUGGGGAGGGGCAUGCGGGUGGGGAAGGGCAGGAGAAUGGGGAGGAGCAGGGGGGUGGGGAGGGGCGAUUUGGGGCAGAGAGGGAAGGGGGGCAGGGUGGUGGUGGAGAAGGAGGGGGCAGUGGAGGGGCGUGGGAGAAGGCGGUGAGGCGAGAGCAGCGCAGGGAGAGCAAGGAGGAGGAGCGGGCACUGAAGGGGUAUCGGGCACAGCUGGAGUACGACUCACUCUCACCCCACCCUCGCAUGCUCUCUGCAUCUUCUGCCCUCUCUCGUGCUCGUGCCUGCUUUGCUCUGUCUUCACCUGCUCUCUCCAUUUUUCGUUCGCCUGCUCUCCUCUUUCCUUUCUUGCUCUCCUUUGUCCACCACUGCAUGUAUGGUGCACCCACCAGUCAGGCUGGUCUAGCAUGCUCAGUUGCUUUUGCAUGUAUGGUGCACCCACCAGUCAGGCUGGUCUAG